CCUCCUCAUCCCCCCCGCCUCCCCCCACCACCACCACUCCUGCCUCCUCCUCCUGCUCCGACAGAGACAGGCAAAAGGCGGAGGAGGAGCAACGGACCUCGCAGUCAACAGACGCGGGGUGUGCAGCAGUAGGUCGGUCGGUAGGCUACACGGGCAGAAGCCACGGAGGGAGGAAGACAUCACCUCACGGCUGUUUUCCAUUGACCAGUAAAGAGCCGGCAGAGAGAGGAACAGUAGAGAAGGCGAGCACUGGCGGAGAGGAUAAUUGCGUUUCUGGCUGCCCUGUGGGAACAUGGGAUAUAUGACCUCAUCAUUCACCUGUGAGGCUCUCAAGUAAACAACUCCAGACAGAAGGAUGACGGAAGCCGCUGUAGAGAGUGCAGAUGUCCUCCUAAAAACCUGUGACGUGACAUCAUGUGAUGUCAUCACCUGCUCCUCCCCUUCAACAUGUCAGACCCUGUGCAUGCAGAAGGAGGACGAUGAGUGUCGCCAUGAUUGUAAGAAGCUGGAGCAGCAGAAACUGUGUAACCAGGUGCAACCAAAGAAAAAAGUUAAGGCCAAAGGAAAGUUAGUGCGCAGCAUGGCUGUCUGCGAGGAGUCCUCACCAUUUGAAGAAACCCAGGCAUCUCCAGACACAACCAUCUCAUCUAGCUGCCAUGACAACGAGAGAACUUCUUGUAAGGAGGAAGGGCAGGAGAAGAGCCCAGAACCAAAGAAACAUUCACUGUCCAAAGAGUCCAGCCUGGAGUACACUGACUCCACUGGCAUAGACCUGCACCAGUUUAUUGUCGACACCCUCAACAGCAACCCCAGAGACCGCAUGAUGCUGCUUAAACUGGAGCAGGACAUGAUCGACUUCAUCACCAGCAAUAGUCCCUUUAAGAAGUUCCCUCAUAUGUCAUCCUACCACCGUAUGCUGGUCCAUCGGGUGGCGGCCUACUUCGGCAUGGAGCACAAUGUAGAUCAGACAGGCAAGUCUGUCAUCAUCAACAGGACCAGCAGCACACGCAUACCGGAGCAGCGUUUCCUGGACGAGAUACACAAGGACAAAACAGAAGAGAUCCAUAGGUGGAAAAUUAUUUUGAAAAGAGACAACAGCUCAGAUGACCAGACCCGACUUCACCCAUUACAGGAGAAGCAAAGCAAGUCAGUGGAGGAGAGAGAGGAGGAGUAUCAACGUGUGCGAGACCGAAUCUUCAACCAAGAGCCACUCUGCACCCAGGAGGGCACCCAUGCAGAAACCAGGACUGCGGAGGAGUACAAUCCGUAUGCCGAGACCCAGAGGAGAAGGCAGCUCUUCAGGGGGAGCCGUGACAGCUCAGGCUCCAGCUGGACAGGCAGCAGCAGGCAGAGUAGCACCGACACUGACUGUCGCUACGGCAACGACCCCCCGCCAUGGAGCAGCAUGGACUCCGAUUCCUCGUACCAGUGGACAAGUCCCGCCACGAAACCCCACCAACCAGCAAACCACAGCUGGGAUGGAACCUCUGGAUCCAUCGCUCUCUACAGACUGCCACCCGCCUGUCCCCACCCUCCGACUCCUCCCGUUGUAGAUGAGCCGGCUCCGAACUACAUCAUGGAGAAUGGGAUCCCACCAGGAAGCAUACUAGUGAACCCACAUACUGGGCAGCCUUUCCUGAACCCUGAUGGAACCCCUGCUGUGUACAACCCUCCAGACAGUCAGCAGCCAAUCAGGAGCCAGACUCAGCUUCAAGGCUCUCCCUCUCAGCAGCAGGUGGUUCAGUACUCAUCUGUCUCUUACACAGCUCCACAGAUGUUGCCUGUCGCUCCCUCACAGCCAUACUCCACAAUUGAAGAGCUCUCCUCGCAGUUCGCUCACGUGAGCUGUCAGUCGGCAGUUGAAGCCCCGCCCCCCUACCCUCCCAGUCAGGGUUACAUCUAUGCAGCUCCUCCCCCUCCUCCUCCCCCUCCCAACCCCCCCAGCUACUGCCAGCCCUCACCUCAGGUGCCUGUUUAUUACUAUGGCCAGUACCCUACCUCAGCUCAGCACCCAUGCAGGCCUGUCUCUCCCAGCCAGCACAUCCACAGUCAAGCAGUGCAACCAACAGCAGGUUACGCUCCUGCUGUGGGGUUGCAGCAGCAGUCUUCACACAACCAGGCUCAGGCUGUGCUGGGAACCUACUCACCAAUAACCUCUCAUCAGCGUAGCAUGGUUCAGGGAGGUGUUUCAGUGUCCUAUCCCCAAAGUAAAGUUGUGACCGCGGUCGGUGGGGAGCCGGGUUACUGCUGCGUGGUUCCCCCACCCUCCCACCACAGCAGCUGCCUGCCUCCCAGCUGCGCCAACCUCAGCGGCCCGGCCUGGAGCGCACCGUACUGAUGAUGCCUCGGCGGACGGAUGGAGUGAUGAUACUUAAGUUCCUGCGUGAACUCACAAAUCGCACAUACACAUGCACACACACACACACUCAACACAAACACUGUUUUUCACACUCCCUCACCCACUUCACCUACACCCGCCUUCUUCCUGACGGUGCCCACAGGGUACUUUGUUCACACUCAUAACUAGCAUGUGCACUCACUCACUCACACACACACACACAGCAUACACCCACUCACAUACAUAAAUGUACCACUGUACCAAAGCUUAAUAGUAUAUAUCAGAGCUGCUGUAUUGAAUGCAUAAUUUAUAUACACAAAUGGAGUUUUAUAUAUUGAUAUUAAAUUAUAUAUUGUGUUUUAAGGAAAUGCACUGUGUGAAUAGAAUAAAGUGCUGUGGCUGGAUUGACGACGUCACAUUUCUAUAUCA